AAUUAACCACGGAUCGCGUCCUUUUGUCAUCACCAGUUUGACAAUUGCCUGACAUUUGCCAGUGUGUUUUCCUUGAAAAUCAAUAUUUUCACAAAUUUCGUGCUAAUUUUCGUCAAUGUGUUGUAACUCGGUCACAUCUCAGCAUUAUAUGAGCUUUAAUUGACAAUGAAAUGGCAGUCCAAUUCGUGGAUACGUUGUGGUUAUAUUUUGGUUUGUUUACUCGGGACUGCGCUCGCGGAAUUAGGUAACCCCUACGAAAUUCUGGGUGUUCACAGAAAGGCGUCACAGUCAGAGAUAAAGAAGGCUUACAGGCAGCUGGCGAAGGAAUGGCACCCCGACAAAACCAAAGACCCGGAGGCUGAGGAAAAGUUUGUGAAAAUAAAACAGGCGUAUGAGCUGUUGUCUGACGCGGAGCGGCGGAACAAAUUCGAUAAUAAGGGGAUCACAGAAGACGAUUUUUACAACAACCCUGAACACCCUCCCUUCCACACUAGCAACCCGUUUGACGACAUUUUCACCGCCCAUGGGGCGCAUUUCAACUUUCAAGAGAACGAUAUUACGUUUUUCCACAAAUUGUCGAUAUCCACAAGGCAAUAUGAUAAGUUAAUUGUCCCAAAGAGUGAGAGAACGCCCCACUUGAUAUUCUUCUACACCGACUGGUGUUUUGCUUGCCUUCAGACUGCACCAUACUGCCGAAAGUUGGUGGACAAGUUGGAACCACUGGGUGUUAAUUUUGUCACUGUUCAUUCUGGCAGGGAACCAGCUCUGGCCAGACGCCUCAACAUCCACGCUUUACCCUGCAUUGUUCUGCUACUUGAUGGCAACGUGUUUGUCUACAAGGAAACCAUCACAAGCAUUCAGAGAAUUAUUGAAUUCCUCAAAAAUAAGUUACCCUACAAGUUAGUCCCAAAGUUGAAACACGAAGAUGUGGAGGGGUUUCUCAACGGUUGGGAGGACAACAGAGUUCGGGGGCUAAUUUUUGAACCGCGGCAAAACAUCAGGUUGCGAUAUUUGAUAACUGCCUACCAUUUCAGACACCGAGUUGCUUUUGGGCAAGUUUUAAACAAAUCAAUUUGUUUUUAUUUGCCCUUUAGUUUUGUAGAUUCGCUUGAAAUUCGGCGCAAAUAUCAAGUCCCGCAAGACAUGGACACAGUUUUGUUAUUUAAUGAAAAUACAUCGUCUCCUAUGGCCAGUCUCUCAAUGAAAGAUAUACCAACUUCCACUUUACACCACGUUGUCUCGUUGAAUCAGUACCUUGCCCUGCCAAGGCUGUCGUCUCAGGAAGUCUUGGAGGCUCUGUGCCCCUGCGAGUGGAACAAGCCCCGGAAGCGCCUGUGCGUUGUUUUGGUGACGAAGGCAUCAACCAGUCAUGACCCCCACAGACAAUCUUUCCGAAUUUACGCACAAAAUUCGCCCUACAAUGUGGAAAAAGUCCGUUUUGCGUAUAUCUAUCACGACAAACAAACAGAGUUUGUUAAUUCUUUAAUCCCAGAAGGUGAGGACGUCGAGCCGUUGCUUCGUAUCGUAAUUUUGUGGCGUCGAGACACGUCGCAUGUUAAAUACGAAUGGGUUAAUGACAAAUGGGAAUGGGAAAAUAAUCUUAAUCAAACAACACAGAAACUUGAAAGUACAAUAAGCCGUCUGUUGAGGUCUAGCGAAGCUCUGACUUAUGAAGCUCUAGUUAAUGAUUUAUUCGAUGAGCACGCGAAGGGAAUUUUCGGCCGGAUUGCGAGCAAAGUGGGCACUUUUGUCGAGUCGGUUUAUGAUGGUUUGAGCAAGGAUCAAAUUUUACCAGCGCUGUCGAUAGUCGGGACGAUUAUUUUUAUCCUGGCUGUUGGUUAUUUCAUGGCGUAUUUGGUGCGGUUGGAAGAAGAGAGCAUCCAGCAGCAGAAAGCCAAAGCAAAAUCUGGAAACAACAAUAACGAUUCUAACUCGAGCUACCAACCCGAGCUGCGUUUGCACGAACUGCGCGCCGAGAAAUACAACGGACUGGUAAGACUUUUAAAACCCGGUUGCCGGACUAUUCUCCUAGUGGUUGAUAUGCACUCAUGCCGGCAACUAAUCCCACCCUUCCAUAAAGCGGUAUGGCCAUACCGGAAAAACAAAACUUUGAUGUUUUCCUACAUGUACAUUGAACGGGGCCUUAGCUGGUACAAGGAGUUGCUGCAAUUGUCCUUGCCAGAGGAGCGCGAACUGAACAUAAACCCGCGCAACUGCGUUGGCACAGUCUUGUCCUUGAACGGCCACAGAAAAUACUUCUGCAUGUUUCACGCCAAACACACUGAACGCAAUGCGAGGAAGCAGAGAUCCAAGAUGCCGACGAAAUUUGACGAAAAAGACUGCGAGAGUGGGACUUUCAUCGGCUUCGAUUCCGACUCGUCUGAAUCCGAAGAGGAGCUUCUGCUACAGGAGAAUCUAUUGGACGGUCUGCCGAACUGGCUCGAUCGGCUAUUUGAGGGAACAACACAACGUUAUCACAUCAACUAUUGGCCAGAUUUUCCAAAUAAAUAAACGUUAACACAUAGCCUAGCCUAGAAGUUGCAUAGCUCAUGUUAUUUAUCUGUUUGUUGUAUUUAUACAUAUCUGUAAUGUUUGUAUAAUUCCAUGCAUUUCAAGUGCUUGUUUCUACUGUUGUGUUGAUGUGAAGAUGGAUCUGUUGUGUUUUUCAUUAAUUCUAGUCACAUAUUAGGAUAGCCAACUGCUGAGGGUUGAAUGCAUCCAAUUUCAUAUUGAAAUUUUUCAAGUGGAUUGUUAGCGUAGUUUCGAAUUUAUACUUCAAACUUACAGUCAAAAUUACGGGAGUGCUUCGUUUUGGUUUUCAAACUCCCCUUGUUAAUACUCAUAGCGCCUAUUAAAUUAAAAAACAUUUACACUAGUUGGUUAGUGGACGCUAUAGAUUAUUUUAAAGUCGUCUAUAUACGUAUUUAUUUAUUUGUGCCAUAUUUAUUAAUAUUUUAAGAGUAAUAGUCCAAAAGACAGUGGUGUAUUACCUCGUGAUUCAAAUUUACAAAUAAAGUUGUUUUGAUUUAA